AUGUAAAAUAACUCACCAAUUAAAGGUCGACGCAUUUCAAACCAGAUUAAGUUGACGGGCAAACUUCUUAAAAAGAAGACAGCAUCAGAGGUGGAGAUCUUAGGUCCUUCUGGAAGAGACAUGGAUACGAGUGUGGUUGAGCAAAUUUAAAUAAUGUAGUACGAGAACCUGAAAUCACAUAUGCAAUAAUGUCAAAGUGAACUUAAAGUUGCCAAGAGCACGGAGAAGAUAAAAAAAAAAAAGUCCCUUGAUCGCACUGCUGCCAUUAAAAAGAGUUAGCAGUUAUAUAAAAAGAAAAAGAAAUCCACAAAAAUAAAAAAAAGUGUUAGUGCAGAAAGAGUUAAGAGCCAAACCUUAGAGUUCUCAUCUCCAGAGUGUGUGCGUCGUAAAAAAGCAGCCACUUUUUUUAAUGAAAAACCAAACACUCUUCAAGAUCAUCGUCAACAAUUAGGACUCAGUUUCUUAAACAAAAUUGGCACUAAACGAAUUGAUUAAAUUUUAGAGCGAAACAGGAUGUCCUCAAUAGAACAUUCACAUCAUCCUCCUCUCACUCCUGAGAAACAUCGCUUUCCUCAUGAAUUAAAGCAUUACAUCAAGGAAAAGAAGAAGUUCUAUUCGCAAUUAGAAUCCAUAAAGCAAUAAUCCAUGUUAGAAAAGAAAAAACAUAUUGAUGAGAAUCUGCGUUCGUUGGCCGAAAUUGCCAAAAGAAAUUCUCUUUCAAAUAGUAGAUCCCCUCCUAGAGAUAGUGCUAAUAAAGUGAGUGCAAAACCACUUAUGCUAAGUUAUGUGGCUAAUCGUAAAAGUACUUCUCGCAAAUCAGGAGUCCCAAAAUCGUUAAAGGAACAAUUCAAGUAAUUGGAAGCUAGAUACAAAACUUUAAAGAGUAAUAGUGAUGUUAUAUCAUUGAGAGAGUCUAGAAACUAUGAACAUGAAAUGAAAGAAUAAGCAGCUAAAUGCAUUUAGAGAUGGUUUAAAGGGUUCAAAGCAAGAAAACUUUGGUAGAAGAAAAAAGAAAAAAAACUACUCAAAAUAUAGUAAUUCUAAUUAUUGAAAGAUACUGAAAUGGCAAGGUGGGAUAAUUUAAAAUCAUUCCUCUAAAAUCUUCAAGUCAAACAAGAAAUUGUUGUAAUGGCAGAUCUAAUUGAAAGCCUCAUUAAAUAUGCAGAUUUUAACAAAGAAAAUGUACUUUAAAAUCAUAUUGAAUAACCUCAAAUCAAACUGAAACCAUAGAAGCUUAUUAUUGAAAAAACUGAGGUGUUUCCUCCAUAAAUUGGUCAAAUCCUUCAGCUCCGAGGAGAAUUGAUAAAGGAGAGAGAGAAAAAAGAGAAGCAAAUCUUGAAAGAUCUUCUGGUUCAAGAGAGGAUUUCUCCUCGCUCUUUUGGUUUGAAAGAGUAAGAAAUAGUAAAGUGGGGGGAAAAAGAAUUAGAAGCUCUAGAAGGCAGUAAAUAAGCAAUUAAAGAUGGAUGGUUUAAAGCCUAUGAAACAAUAUAAAAGACUCAAAAGGACUUGAGAUUCGUUUAGAAAUUGGGUGAUGAUCAUUUUAAUAAGAUGAUGCCUGUAAGUGUUAGUCAAAGUAAUCUACUGAAGAAUUAACUGCAUGAUUUGAAAAUUAAUGUAAUUAUCAUGAGUGAUUCUUAGUUAUUAAGGGCUAGCUAUUCUGAGGAAAGUCUCAUAGAUCAGAAAAAGAAGCCACUUCAACAUUCAGAGUAAUUGGACAUUUAAGAGUAGCAAUUAGCAUCAUAUAACUCGAAUUAAUCAAAUAAGACACUUUCAUCAUACAUAUAAGGUCUAGAAUAAGGGAUGUUCCAUUAGAUAUGGAAGAAUAGGGACAAGUUGAGAAUCUGCAGUAUGUGUAGACUCAUGUUGGCUAUGUUAGGCAAUAUUUAGAAGACAUCAAAAUUAAUAGUUAAAAAUCAAUAUCAGAAUUAAUUCUUACAAAUAAUUAACUUGAGUAUUGGUCCAUCUCCCUUUGAAAUCUUAAGAUUCUUUAGGCUGACAGAAGAAAUGUUAGAGUAAUCCUUGGAUGGGGGAUUCAUUCACUAAGCUGUUCUAAGUUUGGAGAUAUUUUCAAUGAAAGAGAAGGUGGGAGCAGAAGAUGUCUGUGUCAAUGAAAUGGAAAGAAUACAUAACAAGGCAAUCUUUGAUGCCUUUAAUGAAGCAUUGGAUUAUCAUCGACCUUUUGGUAUUAAGGGUAGACCUUUGCCUUGGAGGAAGAAUGUGAUGUGUCGGUAGGUGAAUUCGGUCGAAGAGACUCUUGAGAAAUCUUCAAUAAGGGUUGUGCUUUGGGCUGAAACUUUAAGUGGUAUACUAUUGCCAUAAGGUAGUUAAAUGGAUAAUGACAUUUUACCUUAAGUGAGAGAAGAAAGGUUGGAUAAGAUGUUAAAGUAGGAAAUAUUCGAAACCGAUGAUAGAUGGUAGGAGUUUGAUGAGGAGCAUACUGAAGUAGCAUUGGAGUUGAGUGAAUUAAUUUUCACUCAUCUCAUUACUGAAGUAAUCACUGAAUUAAGAAUUUGA